AUAUGAAAACAGACCCCAGGUUGAAAAAAAACGAAGUUCCCCUUUAAGGUGGUGGUCUGCUUUCUGUUCUGCUGAAAUGGCAUCUAUAGCCUAGUAGUGUGCACAAUAAUUUUGCUGAAUUUUUGUAGUUGGUAUUUUACCUGACACUUUAAUGUUGUUAUCUAACACAGGUAGACUGUAUAGUAUAAUAAAGUGGGUGGAAUUGGCUGGCUGUAAGGGGUGGAGGAGGCCAGAAAGAUUAGUUUGUAUGAGAAAAUUGUUUCAGAAAUUCCGUUCAAAGUCCUGGAAAUUGGAUGAUUUUUAUCCUGGAAUAUCCUGGAAAAGUCCUGGAAUUUAGUUUUCAAUUUUCAGUGGGAACCCUGACUGUAACUAAUACCCUGUAGCUAAAUAACUAGGUCUCUGGAUAGUGGUAAGUAUGAUGUAAGUGUUGUAUGUCAAAAUGUGCGUGCAUAUCAAAAAAGGUUUCUGAUUAAUACUUGCAACUCGGUGUCUUGAUGGUUGUAAAAAAAAAAAAUCUGAAGGUAGUAAAAAAAGGUAUUAAAUGGUAGUAAAUUUAACUUCAACAUUGGUGUAUAUACCCUGGUCUUCAUGUACUCAAACUAAGAUAAAAUGUCUUGGAAAAAGUUUCAGAAGGACUCAAAACUGGUCCAGAUUAAUUAAAAGUAGGGCUGCUGCUAUCGAUUAAGCGUCUGUCUUUGUCUCAUGCACGUCGCAGCAUCAGAAGUGGAAGUGAGCGCACUAUGCAACAGAAAUAACCGUCCGAACACAGACGGACAUCCGUGUUUUAACAAAAUAACAUAAAAUCAAAAAAAUAAAUAACUAUACAAUAUAUAAUCCUUUGUACACUACUGAAAUGAUGAUUUAUGUUGCAUACAAACCGCAAACAGCGUAGAAGCAUGGACAUCUGCGCUGUAUUGUGCAUAUUAGGCCUGCAUGAUUAAUCAUUUUUGAACCUCAAUGUCGAUUCACCCCUACACGCGAUUUCAUUUCUAAAUUACGUCGAUUUUUUUUUUGUUCUUUCCCAAGUGCCGGCGCCCAGCAGUACGUGUCGAAGUUGUGAACAAGCGCUCCAAGGCUUCUCCCUUGUUCAAUAACAAAGCGGCUUUUGGUCACGCCCCAGUGAACAAAUGAACGCAAGAUGGAUGUCGCUGAAAGCCCAGGUAGCGCGGAGAGUCAGCCCACCACCCAACCCGACCUCAUUCCUAAAAAAGGUGGUACUUCAGUGGUGUGGAACUACUUUGGUUUCAGAGAAGACGACGAGAGUCAGUCCAAUGUGCUUGACUGUCGUUGCAACAACGAAAGGAAACACCACCAAUCUUUCCCAGCACCUCCAAUGUCACCAUAAGCUGCAAUAUGAUGAAGCCGUAAGAGGCAAAAAGUCUGAAAGUCAUCCGACAGUGCAGACAUCGAUAACGGCAACCUUGUACAACGAAACGCCAUACCCAUCUAACUCCCGGAGAAGUAAGGAAAUAACAGAAGCCAUAGCUAACCACUUAGCAAAAGAUAUGGUCCCCAUAAACACGGUAGAAUGUGCCUGAUUUCAGAAAAUGAUUCAAACGCUAGACAAACGCUACGCAGUACCCUCCCGAAACUACUUUUCCUACGUUGCACUGCCAGCUAUGUACAAUAACCUGUGAGCCACAAUACAGACAGAAGUGCGAGAAGCGGAUUAUUUUGCUGCAAUAACUGAUUUAUGGUCCAGUCGGACAAUGAAGCCAUAUAUGAGUCUUACUGUCCACUUCAUUGCGACCGACUUCACCAUGAAGAGCAAGUGCCUUCAAACAUCUUUUUUUCCUGAAGACCACACGGGUGAGAUCUUGGCACAGGGGCUAAAGGAUGCCCUAGCAUCUUGGAGUUUAGAAGAGGAGAAAAUGACGUGUGUAACAACAGACAACGGACAAAACAGUGAAGGCAAUGUCCAUCAACGAGUGGACCAGGCUGCAAUGUUUUGGCCAUCGGCUACAUCUGGCCAUUGGUAAGCUGCUUUUUUUUCUUCCCCUUAAACUGUCAGACAUAGGCUACUUCUACUACAUUAAAGAUUACAUUCAGAGUAGUAGUUCAUGUUGUACUGAUCUAUGUUGUAUUUUUCCUCUAGAAAAUGCCAUGAAGGAUUCACGAAUUGACCGUGUCAUGGGACUCUGCAAGAAGAUCGUGGGUGCAUUUAGUCACAGCUGGAAACGGAGGAGAGACCUUACCACAGCUCAGAAAGAGCUCAAACUCCCUGAGCAUCAACUGAAAACUGAAUGCCCUACAAGAUGGGGAUCAAGGCAGACAAUGGUUCAGAGGAUCCUGGAACAGCUUCCAGCCAUUACCCGGGUUUUCUCCAGUGAUCGAAAGGUUAGACAUCUGGUUCCUGGAUAUCAGGACGUAGAAGUCCUUGAGACACUCAACAGCACCCUAAGUCCCCUGGCUGACUUCACCGAUGCGCUCUCUGGAAAGCUAUACGUCAACGUAUCCUCUGUGAAGCCAAUUCUCCACCUUUUCAAGACUUCAGUUUUGGUUGUGAAAGAUGAUGACACCGAACUCACAAAAAAAGUCAAGUCAAACAUCCUGAAAUAUCUCCAAGAUAAAUACAGUGACCCGAGCACUCAGGAUCUCCUCGACAUAGCCACCAGCGUUGAUCCUCGGUUCAAAAUGACCUACGUCAGCGACGAGAAGAGAGCCACACUUAAAGCCAGACUGGCUGAAGAGAUGACUUCCAUUACUAUAGCCACGUCAACUCCCUCCCCAGGACCCUCUUUAAAGAAAGUCCGAAAGACCCUUGGAAGUUUCUUCAAGAAAGCCCAAGGCAGCGAGGAGUCCCGAAGUCAAGAGACAGCAGUGGCCUCAGAGCUGGAAGCAUAUCUUCUGAUGGGCAGCAUCGACAGUGAAGACGAUCUAUUAAUCUGGUGGCAGCAACAUUAGAGUCAAUAUCCACGGUUGUCUGUGUUAGGGAAGAAAUACUUAAGCAUCCCAGCUACCAGUUCACCUUCUGAGUGGCUGUUCAGCACAGGGGGGAAUAUAGUGACAUGUCACCGCACAUCACUAAAGCCUGAGCAUGUUGACAGGCUAGUUUUUCUGGCAAGGAAUCUUUAAAUGCUAUGCUCAGGGUAUAUCAGGGCCCAUUGAGACGCCUAACCUAUAUCUCAGAGGAAGUUCUUUUUUGCCACUGAAGAUGUUUUAUUAUUUUUUUAAGUCUAUUUAUGUUACAAUUUUUCAGAGCGUACCUGAAUGGCCACUGGUUACUACCUUUUCCACAAAACAAAACUAACCUGUGUGUGGACUUUGAGUAUAUUUGAGUAUUUUGACAGAUUAAUGUUUAUUAAAGUACUGUAUUGUGCCAUGUUCAGGGUCUAAUCUAGGGCAAUUUAGCAUAGCCUGAAAGUCUGAAAGAAAUUAUUCAACUUUAUUUGCAUCUUUUUUAAAAAGAAAAAUCACUGACACUUCAGUAGAUUGUAUUUUAUUUAUUUAUCAAGGCUUAUUUAUGUUAUGCCCUCAUUUUUUUCAUUCAUGGUGUUUAAUAAACAUUUCAUUUUGUGGAAAAAAAAUUGUGGAAGAAAAUCGUGAUUUCAAUUCAAAGCUAAAAAAUCGAGGUUCAUAUUUUUUCCUGAAUCGUGCAGGCCUAGUGCAUAUAUAACACGGUUAUUUCUGUUUCAUAGCGCGCUCACUUCCGCUUUUGAUGCUCUAACAUUCAUGAGACAGACGAUUAUUCGAUUAAUUGAUAGCUGCAGCCCUAAUUAAAAGGUAUUAAAAUGUUUCAGAAUUUGUCUAAAAUGUCUGAAAAUUCAUCCAGUGUUCUUAGAAACAAGCCUCUGCCUUGCUAUUUGUCAUGGGAAUUGAUUCAGUCGGGUGUUCAGUGUGAAACUUGGUGCUUUGUUUUCAUUCAGAUUGACGACCAGAAGAAGAUGAUCGAGCUCAUGUCACAGCAGCCUACAUGUAACCAGCUGUUCAAGAGGAUCCUGAACAGACUCCGGAAGGAAAUACAAAGAGUUGGUGUGCCCAGUGACUCCACAGACGUCUUCUACGACGCCAAAAUCAAACUGUCACGACAGACCGUAACGGAAAUCCAGACUCUUCUGGAGGGUGAAGACAGGUGGAGGACAGGAGCUCUGGACGACAUCAUCAGUCAGAUACCGGUGGACCUAAAGCCACAUGACAAUGAGCCCUGGAAGUGGCGUUUUGAAGACACCUUUGGAGUGGAGCUCAAUACCGUAUUAAUGAUGGGUUUGGGCGUUCUGAUCAUCAAGGUCAUCAUCUGCACCGAGCUGUGGUGGAGGAUCCCCUGGUUGAAGCUGUCCGUCAGACUGUUGAUCGCCUGCUUCCUGGUCAGCAUCGUCUUGAACUGGCUCCAUCUGUACAAGAUUGCUUUUGCUGAACACCAGAACAAUGUAGUGAAGAUGGACAGUUUCAAUGAAAAAUGUGUCGGAGUGAAGAAAAUUGACUGGACUGACAAUCUGGCAGAGUGGUUCAGAAGCACUCGGACCUUUCAAGAUGAUCCUUGUAAGAAAUAUUACGACAUCGUCUAUAUCAACCCCAUUCUGCUGGUGCCUCCCACCAAGGCGAUCGCGGUCACCAUCACCACCUUCAUCAAUGAGCCGCUGAAAUACAUCGGUCAGGAGAUCAGCGAGGUUCUCCAAGUGCUGCUGAAGGAUCUCCCGGUGGCCGUGCAGCCCCUGGUCUUCCUCACCAUCACCAUGCUUGUCUUCAUGGCGUUCGUGUUCAACAGGGACCGUGACGAGUUAGCAGGAGGGAACGCACCCGGACCCGAACCAGCACCUGGACCCGAACCAGCACCAGCACCCGGACCCGGACCUGAACCAGCACCCGGACCCGGACCAGCACCAGCACCUGGACCCGGACCCGAACCAGCACCAGCACCUGGACCCGGACCUGAACCAGCACCACGACACCAACCAGAUGAUGCCAGGAACAACGUGCACCAGAGGCGACCCAACAGGCCCAGAAAAGAGCCGCCUCGACUGACCGUAGAGACGCUGAGAUCAGCCAACCUUUGGUCCAGCGAGAACGAAGCCGACGCUGCGAGGUGUGAGGAGAGUCCUGCAUCCCAGCAGAAUCUCUCCACGGAUUCAGAAAACCAGCAGGAGGAGCCGGAAGGAGCGACUGAAGCUCAAGCUAAACCUGCCGAAUCACCUCAAACAGAGAACAAAAAGAUAAAAGGGAAACUUUCUCUGGAUGAACCCAACAGAGAAGAACUGAAUUAAGUCAUUUACAAGGGAGAACAUGGUUUUCUACUGAUUGUGUGUCUGUAUAUGUAGCCCUGUGACAGACUGGUGACCUGUCCAGGGUGUCCCCUGCCUUCGCCCGAGUCAGCUGGGAUGGACUCCAGCACCCCCCGCGACCCUAGUGAGGAUAAAGCGGUGUAUAGAGAAUGGAUGGAUGGAACAUGAUUUUCUAUGCAGUUAAGAUAUUUAUGUGGCUAUAAUAACUGCAUACAGAGGAUGUGAAAUAUACUGAAGCCACUUUUACUGAAUUUUAAUGAUCCCUCCUUUUAUUUUUUGUUUAUAGUAAAGGGGGUGAUCUCCCUGUAAAUAAGAAAAGUAAUCAGAGAGCACAGUACUCCGCCAAGGCCGAUCAGUCGUCGUAGCAUUUCCUUACAGAUAAGUCCUGAUAAGUCUGCAGUGGUGGAUUUGUAGUAGGAUCGUUGGCAGACAGGUGAUGUAGUGUUCACCUGUUGUCGUAGUUAAGCUGGUUUUAUGCUUGCCACGCCUCCUCACACGUUCCUUCUCAAGGGGAAAAUUUCCAUGUUAUGCACCUCCAAAUUUUUCUAACUAUGUGGACGGAGACAUGCGGAAGAACAGGAGCUCCUGGCAGCAGAAAAUUAGAAAUACAGGCAUUUGUACAAUCGUGGUAACCGUUUCAUGAACAGUUCAUGGCAUGAGAUUAAAACUAACUAUUGAAAUGCAACUGUUCAGUACAAUGCCGUGGUGUAAACAAUGGCAAGCUUAUUCUACUCUAGUUUAGUACCUGAGUAGAUGUGUGUUUACGAUGCACUGCCCCCUGCAGUUUGGGAGCAGAUGCCACAUGGAGUAUAAAGUCACACACGUGCUCUCAAGUGGAUUUCCAAUCAUCUCAUUUCCACGUCGUUUGUCCGUGUGGAAAGCAUAAACCAGCCUUUACAGUGACGCUAUCUCACAAUGAUACGGAAAUCUUUAACACAUCCGUGGAUCCAGACUAUAAGCUGCAUCACUGCCAAAAUCUAAUCACCUGGUCCUUGUGUCAUUUCUGACCUUCCCUGAAAAUUUCAUCCAAAUCCAUCAGUUUUUGAGUGAUGCUGCAGACAGACACACGUACGCCGAUCGUCGCAUAACUCCACUGCGUUUCUUGGCAGAGAAAUAAACAUCUCAGGACUGUCCUGUCUGGUACUGUAUGAGUGAAUUUCCUACAUUUUAAAACCAAACUGGACAAAAAAAACCCAAACAUUAAUUUGUCCUUUUAUUCUGACGUGUCGUCCUGUGUUUCGCUGUUAUUUAUUUAUUUAUUUAUUUUUAACAAGCCCAGGGACUGCGGAUGUAAAUCAGCGUUGUUGCUAUAAUCCGGUAUAUUUACGUCUAUUGCUGUCUACAUAGACGUUCAUUAAUGUGCACUGUCCCUAUCAAAUUAAUUAAUUAAGUUUUCAAAAUACAUCACAAAUCAAUGAAAAUUGACAUUGUGAAAGGGAGAUGAUUCAAAGAAGAAUAUUUUUGGACAAAAGCACAAAAUUUUGAAUUGAUUAGAAGAAUUAAGGCUUCGAUAAACAGCCUUUCAGCUCACUGGAUGUGCUUUUUUUCUUAAAAAAAAAGAAAAGAUUCAGAGUUGGUGACUCACCGUAACCGGUGAUCCUGUCGGUGCGUUUAGCUGCUGAAAAGGAAGAUGUUAAGCUCAGAAGUUGCUGAAAAGACCAGUAAUCAACUUUAUAAGCUCCCUCUCAUUGUCCUCAUGUGCAUUACAGUUUAUUAUUUGUCGACACUACAGCCCAGAUGUAUAAAUCAUGCUCGAUAUCUUUGAUAAUAAGUUGGAAACUGCUUAUUGAUGAAACCCUUUUCCCAUUUUACACAUUUACUCUGCUGUCAUUUGUUUCAUUUGAAGCUACUGUUUGAAUAAACUAUGUUUCUGUCCAGAUAAAUUUGUUCUUUUUGUGUGAGGAUAAGGAACCUGGUUUUACAAUACAAGAAUAGUUCUGAAAAUAAAUGUCUGUGUUGUGAAGUACGA